AUGGAGCUAAGACCUUUGAUAGGCAAAUACUGGGCAGCAGCAACCCUCCUGCUGCUUGCAGCUGCUCUGAUGCUUAGCACCUCAUGCUUCGCCUCUUCCAUUGCCAAACCUUCACCUCCUGCUGCCACAGCCACCACCAACUUCUCGGACCACUCCGUGCUCCUCACGUUCAGGUCACUCAUAACAAAGGAUCCCUUUGGAGCGCUGUCCUCAUGGGGCAACAAGUCGCUCCAUUUCUGUAGAUGGCAAGGUGUGGCGUGCGGGAAGCAUGGCCAUCGUCGUGGUCGCGUUGUGGGUCUCGACCUCGGCUCCCUCGGUCUGGUCGGUACUAUCUCUCCUUCCAUCUCCAACCUCACGUACCUCAGAAGGCUCCACAUGCCAAUGAACCAGUUUAGUGGGCACAUACCACAUGAGCUCGGCCUUCUUGGUGAUCUUAAGCAUCUAAACCUGAGUGACAAUGCUCUUGGGGGAGAGAUUCCGGUUGAUCUUUCUCGCUGCUCAAAGCUCCAGACCAUAAGCCUGUGGUAUAAUAACCUCCAAGGAACAAUUCCAGCCAACCUAAGCCGCUGUUCAGUCCUCAGAACAAUUGAACUUUUUGCUAAUUAUCUUGAAGGAGAGAUACCGAGUGAGAUUGGUACACUGCAAAAUCUUGAGCUCCUCAAUCUUUUUGACAAUGGCCUAAAUGGUAGCAUUCCCCCUGAAUUAGGUAACUUGAAAAAAUUAUACUUGCUUGAUCUGAGCAAUAAUGGCCUUACUGGCUCCAUCCCAGCAGCAAUUGCCAAGCUUCAUUCUUUGCAGUACAUGGACUUCGGGAAUAACAAACUGUCUGGAUCUGUUCCAGCUUCUUUAAGCAAUCUCUCCUCGUUGUCAUGGUUGGUUCUAGAAAACAAUAGUCUCUCUGGAACCAUCUCACCAUCAUUUGGUGACCUUCCUUAUCUUAACACUUUCAGUUUAGCAGGCAACAACCUUGUUGGGGACAUCCCUCCAUCAUUAGGUAACCUUUCUUUCCUCACUGAACUGAGAUUUGCAAGAAAUUAUCUUAGUGGAGUAAACAUGCUCACAGGCACCAUUCCUCCAUCAUUUGGGAAUCUUCUUAAUCUAGUUUAUCUUGGUUUGCAAUUCAACAACCUCGUGGGGGUGAUCCCGCCAUCGUUAUUUAACAUUUCCUCUCUUCAGAAGUUGGACAUGCAAAAUAACAGGCUAGGUGGAAUUUUGCCAGACUAUUUUGGAGACAAGUUUCCUCAUCUCCGGGGACUUGCGUUGAAUGGAAACAAAUUUCAUGGCCACAUCCCUUUAUCACUUUUCAACUGUUCAAUGCUCAACAUAGUUCAAUUAGAUAAUAACUCGUUCUAUGGCACAAUUCCUUCAAGUGUAGGAAACCUCAAGAUUUUGUUGAAACUGCGCCUGGAUUACAACAUGCUAGAGGCAAAUCAAGCUGCUGACUGGGCCUUCUUGGACGCUUUGACAAAUUGCAGCCAUCUACAAGUCCUGCAAUUGAGUUUCAACAGGCUUAGGGGUGUUCUACCGAACUCACUCUCUAAUCUUUCUACCAGUCUGGAACGCCUUGAGAUUCUCAACAAUGAGAUAGAGGGAAAUAUACCAGAGGGAAUUGGAGGACUCACCAAUUUAAUGGCGCUUUACAUGGGUCCAAACCUCCUCACCGGACCCAUACCUUCUUCUCUUGGUACGCUUUCAAAAUUGAAUGUGAUAUCUCUAGUUGAAAACAGACUAUCAGGGGAGAUCCCACCGACACUUGGAAAUCUCACUCAGUUGAUUGAACUCUAUCUAACUGGCAAUGAACUUACCGGGCAAAUUCCUCCAUCUCUUGGAAAAUGCUCAUUGGGUAUAUUAAGCCUUGAUAAUAACAAUCUUACCGGCAAAAUACCAAAUGAAGUUUUCUUAGCUGACACAAUAAUAGAUUUAAGCUUCCAGAACAACAUGCUAGUAGGCCCAAUACCUUCAGAGCUUGGUUUGUUGAGGAACAUGGUAGUUGUUGAUUUCAUGGGUAACAUGCUAACUGGUGAAAUUCCUGUCUCCAUCGGAGGCUGUCAAAGCUUGCAGUAUCUUUAUGUUAGACAGAAUCUCCUUCAUGGUUCAAUUCCUUCUACAAUGAAGAAGUUAACAGGCCUUCAGGAGCUGGACCUUUCAAGCAACAACCUAUCUGGGACCAUUCCAGAGUUUUUUAGCAGCUUUGCUGGUCUCACAUAUCUGAACCUCUCCUUCAACAACUUGAUAGGUGAAGUUCCAGAUGCUGGGAUAUUUCAUAAUGCAACAGCAUUCUCAAUUGUUGGAAACAAUGGUCUGUGUGGUGGUAUCCCGGCAUUAGGUUUGCCACCAUGCUUGAAGCAAUCAACGAGAAAGAAAAAAUUUCCAAGGUUACCAGUAGUGGUGUCAGUGUCAACAAUUUUAUCUCUCAUCUUCAUAUCUUUUCUCAUAUUUCAAUAUGGGAAACAUAAAUCUAAUAAAAAACAAUUAGAUCCAAUAGCUUCUAGCAGCCAACUACCAAGAGUUUCUUAUGCUGAUCUGUCUAGAGCAACAGAUGGGUUCUCCACUGCAAAUCUUAUUGGUGAAGGAAGAUUUGGUUCAGUGUACAGGGGAAAUAUGAGCCUCGGCGAACAUAGUAUUGUUGCAGUGAAGAUACUCAAGCUCCAGGAGAGGGGAGCAUCCCAUAGUUUUCUUGCAGAAUGUGAAACCCUAAGAUAUCUUCGGCAUCGGAAUCUUGUGAAGAUCUUAACAGCCUGCUCAACUAUAGAUCCAAGACAAUAUGAUUUUAAAGCUUUAGUUUUUGAAUAUCUACCAAAUGGCAAUCUGGACAAAUGGCUGCAUGUUAACAAGGGCGAGCAUGGUGGUCAACAAGCUCUGAACCUUUGUCAAAGGCUAAGCAUUGUCAUCGAUGUAGCAUCUGCAGUGGAGUAUCUUCAUGAUUUCAAGCCAAAGCCAGUUGUCCACUGUGAUCUUAAGCCAAGCAAUAUCCUUCUGGACAGUGACAUGGUGGCUCAUGUUGGCGAUUUUGGUCUAGCAAGGUUCAUAAAUCAACAAGAUAGAAAUCAAUUUCAGUCAUCAGGAUGGACCGCAUUUAGGGGGACCCUUGGAUAUGCCGCUCCAGAAUAUGGAAUUGGCAAUGAAGUUACCACCUGUGGAGAUGUCUACAGUUAUGGAAUACUUUUACUAGAGAUGUUCACUGGAAGAAGUCCUACUGAAGAAAAUUUUCAGUCAGAAUUAGACCUUCAUAGUUUUGUUGCGGCAGCAUUUCCUAAUCAUCUUGAGGUUGUAGCUGACCACAAUCUCAUUCCAUUAAGUGAAGACACGGAGAGGGACCCAAACUCACUUCUUAACAAGGAAGCAACACUCUCAUGCCUUGCUUCCAUUCUGAGGAUUGGCCUCAUCUGUUCAAAACAACUACCUGCAGAGAGGAUGCAAAUGCGGGACGUUGUAAAAGAACUUCAUAAAAUCAAAGAAAGACUCUACCCAUUAAGAAACAAUGAAGGCACAUUCGAAAGUCAGAUAGCAGAAAGAACACAGGAGCAAGCACAUUGA